AUGGAUUUUGAUUAUGUUAGUGAUCAUCUUGAUAGCAGUGAGCCUGAUGUAUCUGGUGAUGAAAAGGAACCAAGGUAUCCAAGGUUUAAGAUCGAGGAGCUGAGCAAGAGUUACAUGUUCAAAGUGGGGUUGGAGUUUGGAUCACUUGAUGAGUUCAAAGAGGCAUUUACAGAAUCGUCAGUAUUGAAUGGGAGAGAGAUAAAGUACGUGAAAAAUGACAAAGCGAGGGUAAGGGUAGUUUGCAAGGGUAAUUGUGGUUUUUUGGCCCUUGUAAGUAAAGUUGGUAAUAAACACACAUAUAGAAUGAAGAUGUGGUUUGGAACUCACACGUGUGGUAGGGUUUUGAACAACACUUCAGCCACAUCCAAGUGGGUUGCUAAAACGGUGGCGGCUAGGAUGACAUCCUCAGAUGGUGUUAAGAUUAGAGAUAUUGAGUCUGAGAUCAGAAGUAACUUUUCUGUUGGGAUUACUAUGAAUAGGGCAUGGAAAGACAAACAAAUAGCAAAGGCACUGCUUGAGGGUGAUGCAGUGAAGCAAUACAAUCUUUUGUGGAGAUAUUCUGCAGAGUUGAGGAGAGUUAAUCCAGGAAACACUUGUAAAAUUAACAUGACAAGGAUUGCACCAACAAUUCAACCAAGGCCUUUCAUUAGGGUUAAUGGAUGUCAUCUAAAGACUAAGUAUGGAGGUACUCUUCUAAUUGCUGUUGGUAGAGAUCCAAAUGAUCAAUACUACCCUUUAGCUUUUGGUGUAUGUGAAAAUGACACAAAAGAAUCAUGGAGGUGGUUUCUUACCUUGCUUUUAAAGGACAUAGGUUAA